ACUUCCAGCGCCUGAGGUACUCAUACGGUGUAGUGAGUGGAAGACGAAGAGUAGCUUCGGAGCUUUUUCUCUUAGAAAAGUAUGGAGAUUUAGUGCUGAGGGCUUUAGUCGUGGAUUCUUCUGACUUCGCGCACUUUUGUGGAUAUUUUUGUUGGUGAUUUUCCUCGUAAAAAUGUUGGACAAACGCGGAGUUGAUUCGCGCCGAGACUCGAAAGAAGAGCUGAGGGGAAAACCUGUUCCAGGUAAAGAGUGCUUUGAGAAGCAGUAUAAAUUAGGACCCCUCCUGGGAAGCGGUGGAUUCGGCUCGGUUUUCUCCGGACAGCGGAUCUCCGACGGAUUACAGGUGGCUAUUAAACAGGUGUGCCAUGACCGAGUGCAGCAGUGGGCAUCACUGCCCGGUGAAUCGAACCCAAUCCCGAUGGAAGUGGCGCUGCUGCUGCGGCUCGGGGGUUCGGCCCACCCCGGGAUCAUCCGCAUGCUCGACUGGUUCGAGGUGCCCGGUCAGGGGUUCUUUAUCGUGUUCGAGAAACCCCAGCCGUGCCAGGACCUGUUCGACUUAAUCACCGAUCGCGGCGCCAUGGAGGAAUCGAUCGCACGAAGGUUCUUGAAGCAGGUGAUUCAAGCGGUUCAGUUCUGCCACUCCAAGGGGGUCGUCCAUCGAGACAUCAAAGACGAGAACAUCCUCGUGGACACCCGUACCGGAGAUGUCAAGAUCAUCGACUUUGGAUCGGGAGCUCUGCUGAAGGACACGGCUUACACGGAUUUCGAAGGAACCAGAGUUUACAGCCCACCCGAGUGGAUCCUGCAUCAGCGCUACGAAGCGCUUCCACUCACUGUCUGGUCUCUGGGGGUCCUUCUUUUCGACAUGGUGUGUGGAGACAUUCCUUUUGAAAGAGACCAAGACAUCGUCCGGGCCACGCCCAGUUUCACCAAACGCAUCUCUAAUGAAUGCCAGUCUCUGAUUCGCUGGUGCCUCUCAUACCGCCCUGAAGAGCGUCCCAGCUUAGAGCAGAUCAUGGUCCAUCCCUGGAUGAUGGAGAGCAGUCUGGAAGACCUCGCGGACCUCCAGGACGACAGCAACAUCACGCUGAGCCUGUAAUCUCUCAAACACUGAUCCGAUUCGAGACGUCUGUCUGAUUAUACACUGGAUUACGUUGGAAAAGUUCUCCGGCAUCGCGUCGUCCUGUCUACACACUGGCGGUGCUUCAAUCGGCUUAUUUAUUUUCCUAUUUAUUAACUCAGACGCAUCGUGCGUAUUUAUGUUCCCCGGAUUCAACGUUCCAGGACUUUUCUUUUCUUUUGAAGGACUUCUGGAUAUUAAUGACUCAGAAAAUGCCUGGUUCUACAGGCCCCAUGUGUAUAAUAUUAUUAUUCUGAUUAUUAUUCCCUCGUUUUAUGGGGAGGACGGCCUUCGUGUCGAAGUCAUGCUGAGGACGUGACUGUUUUUAAACCAGGAAACUUUCCUGCAAAAUCCUGUUUGGGUUUGAGGAAAAAAAAAAAAAACACCACCGUUUCCAACAAUUCCUUCUGGGAAUUCUUGUUUUGUUUGUUUGUUUUUUUUUGUUUUUUUUUCACCAGCGUGCCUUUUUUUUACUUUCGAUAUCUGAGUGUCAUCCGGUGCUUCAUAGUCACAACAACGUCUAAAGAAUGUAAGCAGCCAGACAAAUGGUGCUGAAAUGGUCAUGUGACCUGUUUCACGUGUUCCUGAUUGUGUGUUUGUUUACUUUGAAAGAAAAAAAAAAGUCAUUCUUGGUAAAGCCAAAGAGAUCGAAUAGCACUAUUUUUUUAUUUAUUUUUUAUUAUUUUUGAAUAAAGUAAAUUGGGACCUUUUUCCAAGGCAAAUAACUGAAUGUAUUAAUUUUUGACUUUUUUGUUUGUUUUGAUAAUUUAUAUAUAUUUUCCUGGAUGUAAAGUGAAAUGGUGUGUUUUAUUGAACGUUAAAAUCCUUGCUGGUUUGUUCAGGUUUUGCACAGAUUUUUGUCUGUAAAUACUUGUGUAUUGACAUUUUUGAAAUGUUGUGCCAAAAGUCACAUGACCUUUUAUUUAAAGUUAAAUUAAAAAUAUAUAUAUAUUU